CCCUCUUCUUUUUCCUCCUCCUCCUUCUCCUCCUCCUCCUUUUUCUCCAUCAUGGAGCUGAGGGAGGUGGGCAGUCUGCCUUUGGCCCCCGGGAUCCGGGCUAAAUUAACCGCCGCCGGCUUCCAAACGUCCGGGGACCUUUCAGAAGUCGGUCCUUGCCAGCUCAGCAAAGAAAUAGGGAUCUCCAAAGAGGAGGCGUUAGAAAUUUUGCAAGUGGUGAAACGGGAGCCACACGACGACGGAGCAAAGUCUUCCGGGGAACCCGCGUCUGUCCGGAAAUACACAGCGCUCCAACUUUUGGAAGAAGAACAAGUCCAAGGCUUCAUCAUAACGUUCUGUUCGGCGCUGGAUGGCAUCCUAGGCGGGGGCAUACAGCUGACAAAAAUCACGGAGGUCUGCGGAGCGCCGGGUAUCGGCAAAACGCAGCUGUGCAUGCAGUUGGCGGUGGAUGUACAGAUUCCCGAGUGCUUUGGAGGGCUUGCUGGAGAAGCUGUUUUCAUAGACACCGAAGGGAGCUUUAUGGUAGACCGAGUAGCUGAUAUGGCAGCGGCCUGUGUUCAGCAUUGCCGGCUUAUUGCAGAAAGGCAUCCAGAUGAAGACCAUCAACCAGCCUUGGAGACCUUCUCCCUUGAAAAUAUCCUUUCCCAUAUCUAUUACUUCCGUUGCCAUGACUAUGUGGAACUGCUUGCGCUGGUCUAUCUGCUGCCGGACUUCCUCUCUGAGCACCCAAAGGUACGGUUGGUGGUGAUUGAUGGAAUUGCCUUUCCUUUCCGACAUGACAUCGAGGAUCUCUCUCUGCGAACGCGGCUUUUGAACGGACUGGCUCAGCAGCUGAUCACUAUUGCAAAUGAUCACACAUUGGCUGUAGUGCUGACCAAUCAAAUGACAACAAGAAUUGGACAAAGCCAUGCUUCAUUGGUGCCUGCCUUAGGAGAAAGCUGGGGCCAUGCAGCGACCGUACGUUUAAUUCUCCAUUGGAUUAACAACCAGAGGGUGGCUAUGCUGUACAAGUCACCGAGUCAGAAGGAAUCGACUGUGCCGUUUUCUGUUACCUCUCACGGAUUCAGAGAUGUCCAGCAUCCACAUCCGAAUCCAGCCCUGGCGGAAAACGAAGCGAAGCCUCGCAAAAGGCCCCGGGUAGAACAAGUAGGAGGAGAGUGAUUUUAAAUAAUACAUUUCAACCAUGCUCCCAUUUUGAAAGCGUUGGCGCUACGGACGGAUGUCAAGGUACUCCAGAGACUUAUUUAACUAGGAGAAGAAGGACAUUUAAUAUUAAUCUGUGCCGUGGAAAUUUUUAUCUCCCUCGUUUCCGUGUUGUUGUUCUCUCCCUCUUAUUUUCUUUUCAAAUAAAUGACUGACAAUUCCUAUCGCUGCAA